GUUCGCGCUGGGCCACGCGUGGGGGUCCCGGAGGGAGUUCCUGACUCUUCCCAAACCUUCCCCGCAGCUCUUGGCGGAGCCCCGGCACCCCCGGGGCCACGGGAGGAUCGCCACCAGGGGGGAUCCCUUCCAUUCCCAUCAUGCUGCUCCAGAACUCCUGGGCUGUGCUCUUCCUGUGCACCACUGCUGGGUUUUUGGGGUGGCUGGGCCUUGCUGCCUCCCCAAAGAAGGAGAAGCUCUGGGAGACCUGGAUGAGGUCGGUGCUGGAUGAGACCCCCAUGGCCCAGCUCAUACAGGACAUCGUCCACCAGAUAGGGAAUGUGAGCAGCCGUGGGGCUGCACAGCUCCAGGGAGGACACCAGGUUGCCCCAUCCAACCUCCAUCAGGAGCAGGAAAGAACUCAGGAUAUUCAUCCCCAACCAGAGAGCAACCUGGUCCUUCAGGAGGUGAUGGAGAAGCUGCAGAAGGUCAACCAGAGCCUGGAGCUGAUGCUGACUGUCUUGAAAGAUGCACGAAGCCACCUGGAGCACCUCAAAGCCAUCCCUGACCUGGAUGGUCAGAGCCAAAGUGCCACCUCCUCCUGCAUCCCACACAGCUCAUACUUCAUGCUCCUGCUUCUCCCACUGGUGCCAGCAUCAUUCCAGGCCAUCCUUCUCCUCCUCCUCUUCCUCGCUUCCAGCGCCCUCGGCAUUCCAGCAACGUCCACUCUUCUGCUCCUUGCUGUGGCAGGGCGUUUGCUGGUGGCACCCGCCUGCCGUGGUGCCAGAAGGAUCCAGCCAGUUGUUCCCCGGGAAGAGCCCCGGUACCGGCUCACCUCCACCCCAGAGAGGGAAUGCGAUAUAGAGCUGCUGCAUGAGGAACUGGACAGGAUGGAGAUGAGCUGCCUGCAAGAGCCCUCAUACCUGAAGCAGCGCCAAGAGGUGACCGGGGACAUUCCCGGAUUCACUGGGCGAGUGUCACCCGACCCUGGUGGCCAGAGGACAACACCGAGCUCAUGUGGGGUGACACCAGAGCCGGUCGUGGAUGCUGGGAAGCUCUGGAAGCCCAAGCCCUGCAGCCCGAGAGCCAACAUGUCUCCAUGCCAGGGGCUCACCAGGGCUGGGCAGCGGUGCCGGAAGAAAGCCAUUCCCGGGCAGGAAUUCUGCCACAUCCACAUCACUGGCAGUAGCUUGGCCACGGAUUCACCCCCUCAUUUUUGACCUUCUAC